UGUGGCAUAAUUAGCCACAGCAGCGCUUCCAAGGCGACCCGUAGUUACCUCCCUGUCAGCCUGCCUACCAAGUUUGGAUCAGGAACUUCACAGAAAUAUACAACGAAGGUCAGCAAAAAAUCAGACAAUAAGGAUUGAGGAAAACACCCUUAGAAGAAGUUUCAAUACGCCUCAAGAUCCACCCUACACCUGACACACACCUGGGUUGAUCACUUUUAAAGGAUGUACAAAGCCAGCUAGUUUCACAAUAAAGGAAACAUUAGUAAGUGUCAGAUCCGUCCCACCAAGUGUGUUUCCGAACCCUACCUUAAGAAAGAAUACAGGAAUCGGAUAUAAUUUACAUUUGCCUUACUAAGAGUAACCUAAGAUGCACUUUUGCAACUUUUGACACUGGCACAACCUGUAAGAUCGGGAAGGUCAUUGGGAGUGCUGAUCAUUACUGGACACGAAAACAACCCAUGUAUUCAUCCAAGAAGGAGAACCUACCCUCUCCCAUCCUGGAGGAAUCUUUCUUUCCUUUCUCUUCAUCGAACUCUUCCUCUAAUCAAUGCAUCAUGGCUCCUGCCAUAGGGGCGGAUGAUCUUCUCGCUUCACCGCAGGAUGACCGUAGCCCUACGCUGCUGGAAAAGGACCUGAUUCUGGCCGCAGAGGUGGGACAAGCUUUGCUGGAGAAAAAUGAGGAGCUGGCUGCCACGCUUGAGCAGAUGGAGAGGGACAUGGAGGCUGCACAGCAGGAGAAACACCUGCUGCAGCGACGCCUGGAGGUACGAGACCUGGAGGCAAGUCAGCGGGAAGCGGAAUUACAGGCUGACAUCACGGCGUUCCGGGAGCAGCUGGAUCAAAAGCACGCUCAGAGUCGCGAUCGGCGGCGUGAGGAGAGCGAGCAGCUCACUCAGCUGUCCAAUCACAACCAAAAACUUGUUGAACAGCUGGCAGAGGCGGUGUCUUUAGAACACACUUUACGGACCGAACUUCGUACUUUAAGAGAAGAAAUGGAGGAUUCCAGUUUCAGCAAAUCUAUAAGCUCUGCUAGACUGGAAAGUCUGCAAGCAGAGAACACAGUUUUAAAGGAGCGAUGUGCUCAUUUAGAUGACCGGCUGAAAUCAACCCAAGAAGACAAUGACCGGCUUAGAUCUGAGAGGGAUGGAUUAAGAGAGAGGGUGAUGGAUCUACAGACCAGCCUGAAGGAUAAAGAAACUGAGCUGGAACAGGAGCACAGCAUAGUGUUUCAGCUGCGCACAGUCAACCGUACUCUGCAGCAAAAGGUUGAAGCUUUGGGAGAAGAAGCCAGUCUGGGGGAGCCUACCUGUUUCCCUUUGUCACUUCAAAGUGAGAUCCAGCAGUCUCAGGCCAAAGAAACCAUCUUGGCCCAUUCGGCCAUUCUACAAGUCAAAGAAGAAGAGAUCCAGAGGUUGCAGGAAGAGAUACAGGCCAAAGAAACUGAAUUAGAGGAGCUGAGGGAGGAGAUCAAGCCGUUUCGUAACAAUCCUGGUAAACCUACGUACAGUGCCUUGGAGGAGGAGAUCAUUUUGGCUCGGCAAGAACGAGAUGCACUUAACCAGCAACUUCUCAACACCAUCAAACACAAGGUGGCACUGUCACAGGAAGUCGAGUCUUGGCAGGAGGACAUGCGUCUGGUGAUCUGCCAUCAGGUUCAACUUCAGCAGAAAGAGAGGGAAAAGGAAAAGGACAUGGAAGAGCGAGGUUUUCAGAGAGGCUCUCGAACCACCAGGUCUCUGCGGUUACGUGGGGAAGAUGGAAGGAAAAGCUUUUUUUCUUCACUAUUUGGCGGAGAUUAAUUGGAGGACAAUUAAGGAAGAUAUAAUUGAUGGCAUAAUAUAAAAAAGCUGUGUAUUUUUGAUUCAGCAUUGUAAAUAAUUUACAGAAUCAUCCAGUUGUGUAAAUUGAAAUCAAUUGAAUGUACUCUACUUUGGCAUUAUUGCACAUUGAUGUUGAUCGCUAUUUAUUUUCGGUACAAACUUACAAGGCAUCGAUUUAAAUAAAUAUAUAGCAUGUAUCUCA